AUGUCCAGUGAUACAGAGAACGUGUUUAGACAACUGUUUCGCAACUGGAACGUGAGAUCCACACAACUGGGGAAUGGUAGUAAUCAACCUGUGCUACUGGAAUGGACAGAUUAUCUCACAUCCGGCGCUAAUGACCUCUACAGUAGGUUACCCACAUCAAUUCAAGAUGCUACAAACAAUGCACAAGAGCCAUCAUGGUUCAAACUAUCUAGACUAGAAAGGUUAGUUGGGUUUAGUUGUUGUCUUGGAGCAUCAAUCUUGUGUUUUGUCUUGUGCUUUUUCAUGUUCCCCGUUUUGGCACUAAGACCAAGGAAGUUUGGGUUGCUUUGGACAGGAGGUUCGGUUUUGUUUCUCGUUUCGUUUGGAGUAUUGCAGGGACCACACAGCUAUAUACGACACUUGUUGUCUCGUGACAGGAUAGUGUUCACCACGGUGUUUUUCACGUCGAUACUAUUGACCCUAUACUCAAGCGUGGUGAUAAAGAGUAGUUUACUUACAAUAUUCACUAGUAUCAUUGAAAUCUUGGCUGUUGCAUACUACACUGUCAGCUAUUUCCCGUUUGGUGCUACAACGCUAACAUUUUUCACAAGUUAUAUAUUUGGCUACCUUGGUGGUUUAAUUGGGGGAAUUUUGUAA